GACACGUUGCGGACGGAAAAGCUGGAUGAUUCACACACCAAUUCUUUCUACAAUGAUUUCUCUGAGGAAAUCGACCGGGAAGCAAAAAGAUUGUUACAAAUCCUUCCAGCUUAUAAUCCUGGUGUUGGACGAGUAAGUCCUCAAUGCAAAAAACAUUCCGAAAUUUUUCAUAGGGAACUCGCUAAAUUCACUUUAUGGGCUCUUAAAAUGUACGAUGCAACAGCGAAAAUACCAUCUGGACUCUUGAACGGAAAUAUCAAUCAGUUUGGCGACUUCGACGAAUGUAUCGGAAUACAGGGAAGCGAAGGAAUUCAAGGACAAUAUUGUUUGGCGUAUCUUCAUUUGAAAAUCGACGAAUCACGAAUAGAUUUGAAGCAUCUUCAUCGGUUAGUGCAUUCGCAUUACGCUUUCAAAAGCAAUAUUACCGAUGCUGGACAUCGACUACCUCGAUAUAGUAUAGUAAACUGGGCAGUUUGUACACCAGCAUCAUGUAAUUUUAAAGAUGUUGAAACAUCUCUUCAUGAUAUUCUUACACGAUAUACAUCUCAAACUGGUCUAAAGAUUACAGUAAAGGUGAACAAAGAAAUGUGUCAAGUAAAAAGAAAAUCUAUACCAAAUGAAACUAUGUUUGUCAGUUUAUUUUUCAUGGCUAUAUUUGCAUUAACAAUCAUAGCAGCAUGUUAUGAUCAUUAUAAAAUAUCAACAAGUGAACUACUUUUAUCAUUUUCUUUGAAACGAAACUUUAAAAAGCUUAUAUCACUAGAACGAGGACAAAAUGAUAUAGCUACACUUCAUGGUGUAAGAGCUAUAAAUGCUAUAAUGUUGGUUUUAGCACAUAAAAGCAUGGCUCUUUUUUUUAAUCCUUAUUCAAAUAGAACAGAAAUGAGCGAAUAUCUUGGUAAACCAUGGACUGUCAUAGGAAGAGCUGCUAGUCUUUAUACAGAUCCAUUUAUAAUGCUUUCUGGCCUAUUAACAUCAUAUUCUUUUAUUGAAAAAUUAAAAAAAAAUGGCAAUUUAAAUAUUAAAGAUGAAUACUUAUCUCGUCUAAUUAGAAUAGUACCACCUUUAGCAACUCUGAUAUUGUUGUGUACUUAUGUAUUACCUUAUUUUGGUUCUGGACCACAAUGGAACUUAGUGAUAACUGAACAUGCAAAUAUUUGUAAAAGAACAUGGUGGAGAAAUUUUUUAUUUAUCCAUAAUUAUUUUGGUUUUGAGUCUAUGUGUCUCACACAUACUCAUCACCUAGGUAUAGAUACUCAAUUAUUUAUUCUUUCACCUUUAAUGAUACUUUUCCUUUAUAAGAAGCCAAAGACUGGAACUAUUUUUCUUGUUAUAUGUGCUUUAUUUUCAACAGCACUUCGAUAUUUUGUUACUUAUUAUAAAAAAUUAAAUAAUUAUGUUUUUUUUGGUACAUCAAUAAAACAAUUAUAUGAUACUGCAAAUUAUUCAUAUAUUCUACCAUCACAUAGAUUAACUGUUUAUAUAAUAGGAAUUUUCAUCGGUUAUUUACUAAGAUAUUUACCUAAAGAUUUUAAGAUGAAUAAAAUAACUUUAUAUAUAGGUUGGAUUUUAUGUACAAUAAUGUUUUGUUGUGCAUUUUUUGGACCUGCACAUAUGGGAUCUAUAAAUUAUAUAUAUAAUCCGAUAGAUGCAGCAAUGUAUAAUGCAUUUGCUCCUAUUGGUUGGUGUGCUAUUUUUGCAUGGGUAAUUGUGAUGCAUCAUACUGGAAAUACAAAUGGUUGGUUCGGUAAAUUUUUAGCAUGGAAAGGUUUUCUGAUCACUACAAAAUUGAGUUAUGCAAUAUAUUUAACACAGUUUCCAAUAUUCUUUUACAAUGUUGGAAGCAUUCGAAGUGCUGAGCAUUUUGAAUUCUUUAGCAUGCAAUUCAAUUUACAUGAACUUUUGUGGAUUAUUAUGUUGUCAAUAACUCUCACCUUACUAAUUGACACACCAUUUCAAAAUAUUAAAAAUUAUUUAAUGACAAAAUCUUCAGUGCCAAAAACAACAAAAUUAUUGAAAAUGCAAUAAUUUUAUCAAUAACUACAA